UUUUUUUUUCUUCUUUCUUCUUUUCCUUUUUCUUUUUUCUUUUUUUCUUUUUUUUUCUAUCUCCUGUCACUCUUCUUUUUAUUAUUUUGUUUUUUGUUUAUAUUCCAUACUCAAAAAAAAGUCAGUUUCCGUCGCCGCACUUCUUCUUGUCAACCUUUUUAUUCUUGUCAACCUUCAAUCAUCUUUUUAUUAUUGUUCAGUCUUUCUUUUUUUUUUUUUUUUCCUCUCUCCACAAAAUCAAGAAAAUGAUACACACUUUUUUUUUUCCCGGUUUACCCGAACUCUCUUUUUUCUAAUUUGGUACUAAUAUGUUCUUUUAUUAACAAACUUAUUUAUAGUUACAUUCAAAUAUGCAAUCUAUGCCCUAUUAUCAACAAGGCUAUCAAGCUCCUCAAUAUCCUACUUCUGGUCCUCAUCCAGUGAUGACUAAUGGUCCUCCUAUGAUGCCUCAUCCUAAUGGUUUACCUCCUAUGCAACAUCAUGAUCCUACUGCUCAACCUUCCAAACGUAAACAAGUCAAGAAUGCCUGUACCAAUUGUCAAAAAGCAUGUAAAAAGUGUGAUGAUGCUCGUCCUUGUCCUCGUUGUAUCAAAUAUGGUAUUGCUGAUACUUGUGCCAACUCUGUACGCAAAGAAAGAAAGAAGGGUAUUAAACGUGGUCCUUACAAGCGAAGACAAAAGACUGGUAAAUAAAACAAAAUCAAAUAAAAAAAAAAAAGAAAAGAGAACUAAUCAUUCAUGAUUAUAUAGAAGGUGAUAAACCUACUCAGCGUAAAACUACUUCUAUGCCUGAAGAUCAAACUGGUCAAUAUGCCAAUGCUGUACGUGCUCCUCCUAUACCUUAUGGUUUCCCUGGUAAUCUCAAUCAAUAUGGUCAACCAACUUAUGAAGCUUAUGGACAUUACUAUAAGGAACAAAUGGUAGCUCCUCCAUAUGGUGUUGUUAAUCCUAUGUAUCCACAAAUGGCUUAUCCAGUUCUUAUGCAAGGUCAAGGUGAUGGUUCUCCUAGUCAUCCUCAACAUGGUUAUCCACAUCCUUCUUUACCUCAACAUUAUGGUAGUAUGGUACAACAACCUCAACAACAACAACAACCUCAACAAUCUCAACAACAACAACCUUCUCCUCAACCUGUCAAGGCAGAUCAAGCUAGUCCUCAAUU